ACUUUCCCACUUGCAUCAAAUUCUUCUGCAUAAAAACCUAAUCGACACCUCGCCUUGUCGUCCUUUCCUUUCCUCCCUCAGGUAUACCAGCUGACACCACCUGCUUUAAGCCAGCUUCCGUUUCUCGCUCCCACCACCAGAUCAAUCGUCCUAUAGAUCUGAAAGAGACGAAGAUGGGGAGGGGGAAGAUUGUGAUCAGGCGGAUAGACAACUCGACGAGCCGGCAGGUCACCUUCUCCAAGAGGAGGAACGGGCUGCUGAAGAAGGCCAAGGAGCUCUCCAUCCUCUGCGAUGCGGAGGUCGGCCUCAUCAUCUUCUCCAGCACCAGCAGACUCUACGAGUUCUCCAGCACCAACAUGAAAGCUGUGAUAGACCGGUACGGGAAGGCAAAAGAGGAGCAGCUUGGCGUGAACAAUGCAACUUCAGAACUUAUGCUCUGGCAAAGGGAGGCAGCAAGCUUGAGGCAACAACUGCACAACUUGCAAGAAAGCCACAAGCAACUAAUGGGAGAGGAGCUUUCAGGCCUAGGUGUGAGGGACCUCCAAAGUUUAGAAAAUCGUCUUGAGAUGAGCCUACGUGGUGUCAGAAUGAGGAAGGACCAUCUUUUGAAAAGUGAGAUUCAAGAGUUACACAAGAAGGGUAGCAUGAUUCACCAGGAAAACAUGGAACUCUGUAGAAGAGUAAAUAUCAUGUCGCAACAAAAAAUGGAACUGCAUAGAAAGCUCCAGGCCAGUGAACAAAGAGAUGUUGCUGAUGCAAAUACAAGCUCUAGCACUCCCUACAGCUUUACUAUUGCACACGAUGCAGAUGUCCCUACUAAUCUUGAACAGAUACAAUCGCACCAAAAAGAGGGGGAGAACCACAAAACAGGGGCUCCAGAACUGGGACUUCAACUGCACUAAAAAAAUGCAGCAAAAGCUGGAAACUGUCAUGGCCUUCCACCAAUUUCACACGUGCGGAGCACUUUGGUUGCAAUGAGUGUUUUGUGGAAUAUACUGAGUGGAAACUGGCUUGUGCACAGACUACAUAUAUGACCAAUCAUGUAUGUGAUGCUCUACCAUAUUGAGAAUGCCACGUUGGUUAUUGUAACAACUAAUAAGGUGUUUCAAAAAAACAAUAAAUAUGGUACAAUUGAUUAUUGUAUUGUUGACUUUGAAGAAUCAUUAGCUCUUAA